AUGCAAAUUCAAAAACCUAGUUGUUGGUUGGUCAUUUUUAUAUGGUCGAUAAAUGUAGGUUUUGGCGCACAACUUAAUUGUGAUAUUCCAAUAUAUUGUUCCGGUCCAAUUCUUGAAAAAAUUCAAUUAGCUCGCCUAUUUAAUGAUUCAAAAACUUUUGUUGAUAUGCCAACAAAGAAACCACUUGAGGAAGUUCUCGAAGCUGGUUCAAAACUCCCUCAAAAUGCAUCUAUAUCUAUACUUCAAGAUUUUGUCAACACUUAUUUUUCUAAAGAAGGUCAAGAAUUAAUUCAAACUGAAAUUCCCAACUUUAAUCAGUCUCCAUCUUUUCUUGAAAAAAUUAAACAACCAAUUAUUCGUGAAUUUGCAAAACAAGUACAUAAUUAUUGGCCAAAUCUUACACGCAAAGUUGAUCAAAGCUUUAUGUGUUCAGGAUGUGUGUCAAGUUUUAUCCCAGUUAACAGGAGUUUCGUAAUACCUGGUGGAAGAUUCCGAGAAAUUUAUUAUUGGGAUAGUUAUUUUGUUAUUGAAGGUUUAUUGGUUAGUGAAUUAUAUGAAAUUGCUAAGAAUAUGAUUGAGAAUUUUUUGGAUUUGAUAGAGAUUUAUGGAUUUGUGCCUACCAAUGAUACUUUACUCCUUCGUAAAGCAUUUCCAACAUUACUCAAAGAAUAUGAUUUUUGGUACAAAAAUAAUACAAUAAGUGUACAUAAAAAUGAUAAAACAUUUUAUUUAAGUCAUUAUGAUGUUUAUAAUAUUUAUCCACGCCCUGAAAGUUAUCUUGAAGAUUAUACUACUGUCGAAUUGGAUUCAUUUAAUUCAACUGUGAAACAAGGAUUAUAUUCGGACAUAGCAACAGCUGCAGAAUCAGGAUGGGAUUUCUCUUCGAGAUGGGCAAGAAAUCCUCACAUUAAACCAUCAACUAAUAGUUCUAGUAAUAACUAUGAAAUUCUUCGUACACUAAAUACUAGAGCUGUAAUCCCAAUUGAAUUAAAUUCAAUUUUAUAUAUGAAUGAAAUUACUUUAUCCGAAUUUGCUAAACAAGUUGAUGAUUGGAAAACAGUAAAGGAGACGGUAAAACGGUUAAAGAAAUCAGCAGAAGAAAGACUUGAAGGAAUGAUCAAGUUACUUUGGGAUGAUAAUACUGGAACUUUUAGAGAUUAUAACCUUACCAGUAAUACUCAAUCUAAAAUAUUUUCUCUGGCAACUUAUUUUCCAUUUUGGGCUCAAUCAUUACCAAAAGAAAUGCUCACAGAUUCGAAAAAUAAUAUCAAAUCUUUCUCUAUUGUAUCAACCCUCUUAUCCAAGUACAAAGGUUGUCCACCAGUCACAUUGAUUAAUUCCAGUUUACAAUGGGAUUUCCCAAAUGCCUGGCCUCCAUUGACUUAUGCAAUAAUCAAAGGUCUUUUAAAUUCUUAUCAUGGUUAUUAUAGUAAUUCUCAAAAUGAAGAGGAUCCAAAGUUCCUAAAUCUUGCAUUGGAGACAAGUCAACGUUAUGUUUCUUCUGUAAUGUGCGCUUGGUAUUCAACGGGUGGAUCCAUACCCGGAUUAUUGACUAAAUUACAAGGCACUACCGACAUUGGGCAUAUGUUUGAAAAAUAUAGCGCGUUAGACACUGGUGUGCCAGGUAACGGCGGUGAAUAUCAAGUUCAAGAUGGUUUUGGAUGGACAAAUGGUGUUUUAUUAUGGAUAAUGUCAAAAUUUGGUGAUAAAUUAGAGGUUCCAGAAUGUAUUAAUAAGUAA